AUGAAUGGAUCAGUUGGUAAAGGAAACGAGACACAGAUUGUAUGGGAAAUGGUAAUAAAAGAAGUAGACAAAACUAAAGCAAAUGAAUGUUGCAAGAGAAAAGGAGACACUAGUGAAUUGGACAACAAUUUACGAGCACAAGAAGUUAGAAAACUAACUAGAGGUAUUUUUAACGAUAACAUUUAUGAAAUAGCAAAUUUUAAAGAAGAAAGACGUUUAUUAGAAGAAAUAUGGAAAACAUGCUAUGAUGAUGUAAGAGAUAAAAUAUGGUUGCAGCGUUGUAAAGAAGUUGGGAAAGCAGAUGGAAUUGUAGCAAAAGAUAAAAAAAGGAAACUUAUGGAAGAAAAUAAUAAAUUAGACAGUGAUACAGAAAAAAUAAAUAAAAUUAAACAAAUAAUCGAAAAAUAG